UAUAAAUGUUUUUAUAAAUAUUAAUUUCAAAACUAAAUUUAAUUGCAUCUCAGUUGUUUGAAUCAUGAGGGUUUACACUGUAUGUUUUAUAUUCUUUAUUCAGGAAAUUUCUUCUAAAAAAUAUCUUAUUAAAACACUGGACGGACCCUUACCUCCCAUGCCUCCUAUGCCUCCUAUGCCUCCCAUGCCUCCCAUGCCACCACCACCAGCAGCAAUGAAUCCAGAAGGACCCAUAGCAACUGUGAAAGGAGCAAAGCCAGUGGUAUCUGCUGUUACCCUGCCACCAGCUGUGACAUCAAAAUCAGUUGGAAAUGCCAAAGAAGCAGGACAAGACUAUGCUGUUGCAUUCAAUGAAAAUGGAGAACAGUAUGUAAGCUGUUCAGGAGAUGCUGGCUCACUAGCCUUUGGUGAAUCAUCCUGGAUAGAAGAAGUUGAACCAUGCGCUGACAUCACAGUAACUUUGGAUGGAAAUAAUUUUGAUGUUUCUAGAGAUGAAGAUCCAAGUUCCCCUGUAAGACUCAAUGGAUUCCCGAUAACAGUUGAGGAAUAUCAGAAAGCUCUAGACGGAGAAACUGUCACAUUAUCUAAAGAUGAUGGCUCAAAUGCUGAAUUAAAAUUAGCUGAUGGAAAUGUUUUAUUUGAUGGGAAAUCAUUGACUAAUCCAAAAAAAAUUGGCUUUUCUCAAAGUGGGAAAUGAUUGUUCAUGAACGCAACAUGAUAGAUCUAUAAUUGUCUAAAAUAAAUUUCAAUCUACAGUAUA